AUGAAUAAACAACAUGUCACUCUGUUGGUGUUCCUGGACCUCAGCGCUGCAUUUGAUACGGUGGACCAUGACAUAUUGUUGCGGCGUCUUAAAUAUAAGUUUGGGAUUUGUAAUAAUGCGCUUGCUUGGUUUCGAUCAUAUUUAGUGAACAGAUCCCAUCGUGUAGUUAUAGAAAACGUAAUGUCAGACAGUUUUGAUAUGAAGUAUGGUGUGGCUCAAAGGUAUUGUUUAGGCCCGUUGUUGUUUAUCCUGUACACAAGCAAACUGUUCGAUGUCAUCCACCAUCAUUUGCUCACCGUGCAUUGCUUUGCUGACGAUACGGAGUUAUAUCUCGCAUUUAACCCAAGUAGCGAUAAUGCUCAGGAUGCUGCCAUCUUAGCUAUGGAGAAUUGCCUACGAGACAUCCGGAAUUGGAUGAUUACUGAUAGGUUGAUGAUAAAUGAUGAAAAAACGGAAUUUAUGUUAAUUGGAACAAAAGCUCAGCUCGCUAAAGUCAAGAACAUUACUCUAACUAUUGGUGAAUCUGUGAUUUCACCAUCUGAAGAACAUAUCAGGAACUUGGGCGCUUGGUUUGACAGUACCUUCAACUUGAUUCACCAUAUCAAUAAGACCUGUAAAAGUGCUUUUUAUGAUCUGCAUAAUAUAAGAAGAAUUCGCAAGUAUUUAAGCAGAGAAUCAACAGAGAAACUUUUUCAUGCUUUCGUUACCAGUCACCUAGACUAUUGCAAUGGACUGUUAUAUGGACUUCCCAACAAUGCUAUAGCCAAACUACAACGUGUUCAGAAUGCUGCCGCAAGGAUUCUCUACCGUGCACCACGGUUUAGCCAUAUUACUCCGCUGUUGUAUAAGUUACACUGGUUGAAAGUCAAAUGUCGAAUUGAAUAUAAGAUAAUUACACUUACGUUUAAGGCAAUUCAUGGAACUGCCCCUAAUUAUAUAACCGAACUUAUAACUUUUAAAACAAACUCUUCUUAUAGCUUAAGAUCAAAUAACAAACUUCUUUUAUGUCCGUCAAUUUUAAGACAUUGUCUACUCUUGGUGACAGAGCCUUUAUGGCUGGUGCACCAAAACUAUGGAAUGUAUUGCCAUUGAAUCUUAGGAGUAUCUCUGAUUUUAAUAUUUUUAAGCAUGAUCUUAAGACAUAUCUUUUUAAAGAGGCUUUUUAUUAG